UUACGUAAAACCAAACGCAGUUCAGCCAAAAAUGUCCAAGCGUCUAAAGAAAUGUACACUGUGCCUCCGUGGAGCGGAUUCUGAUACAGAUGAGCCAAUAACACAUCCUGGCAAAAGAAAAAAGACAAUUACAAAUUCAGGUCAAGAUAAUCAAAAAAGUUUGCCUUGUCGUCAAGGGGAUGCGUUAGGAUCCAAUAUGGCUGCAGUCGUUGCCACACAGAGGUACAGUAGUAUAGAAGUUGAUAAUCCCGCUCCAAAAACUAGUGACGAAGAAGAUGUUGAACAUACAGAUGUUGUGCAAACGAAAAGAAGAUUCAAAACUCCAAAAUUGAAAUCUAUUCGUAAAAUAUUCAAAUGGAGAGCUCGGAAAGCCAAGUCACUAGGUGAUGCUGAACUGGAAGCGGGUGUCGCGGGCAAUUUAUCCAAGUCUAGUGGUGAGUUGUCGCAACAGGAAGAAGACAGGUUAAAACCAGGAUCGCCGUCAACCACUGGAUUAAGUCUGUCACAUGACAGUGUGUUCAACCCUGAUCAACAAAAAAUUCCCAGUCCAGCUUUCAAACCCGAGACGACAGUGUCCGUAGAAAACAUUCCAGCAGGUUUUACUAGUGAGCUUAGCGCAAAGCUUAGGUUGAGGGCAGGCUCUAGUUCCGAAGAUGAUGGCCUUGGACCAACUGCUGACGUUACCUUGACAACCAAUGAUGUACUGAGUGAAAAAAAUGAACCCAGAAUUGACAGUAAGAGAGACAGUGGAAUUUUAAGCAUGGAUGAUGAGGUAUUUGUUAUACAGAAACCCUCAGCCAGGAGAACGAAAAGUCUAAACUCGUCACCGCUUGGUGACAGGAAGAGAAAAAUGUUUGCGACGAAGAAAUCCAGGAGUACAACAAGUAGUACUGACUUGGAUCUAGAUCUCAUUGUAAGCAGCAGUCAACUCAGCAAUGCUGCUGCACUGCAUAAACGAUCGGUUGCACCAAAGGCACGUCGCGCAUCAAGUAGAAGCCGGCUAUCACAGAGAUCUGUAGUGUCCCAGUCAGGGCUAUCAAUUACUUCUGAAAAGUUGGAAGAUAUUGCAGAGAAUCCCAAGUCAAGAACACCACCUCAUGUUAGCACUGAACACAUAGCGAAAAAGGACAGACCUCCUUCAGUGGAGAUUUCUAGAGAAAUAAAAGAAGUGAAAUCAAUUAGUAUUUCAUCAACACAGGAGAAGGAAAAUGAGAAAAUAGUGAAGAUGGAAAGACCUUCGUCAGUGGAGAUUUCUAAAGAAAUAAAAGAAGUGAAAUCAAUCAGUAUUUCAUCAACACAGAAGAAGGAAAAUGAGAAAAUAGUGAAGAUGGAAAGACCUUCAUCAGUAGAGAUUUCUAAAGAAAUAAAAGAAUUGAAAUCAGUUUCAUCAACUGAGGAAAAUAAGGAAGAGAAAAUCAGAGCUUCACCAGAUAAGGAAUUUUUAUCGAGUUUCUGGCGAAAACUAAAUCUAAAGAUAUCAAGGAGGAAACUGAGAAAGAAGAAAGACAAACAUUCAUCCGUGAAAUAACAGUAGAGAAGAGAACUGAAACGGUUGUCAAGGGAACUAAAACAGCAGAGAAAUCAGAACUUGAAAGUUUAUUCCAGAAGCACGAACAAAGAAACCGUUCAGCAAGUUUUGAACCCAAGGAAAUUAAAAACAGAACUGCAAAUUUUGAGAAACCAGAACUGAGAAAUCGCUCACUAACUCUGGAACCAGUGUCCUCUACCUCGAUAGAAGAUAGUUCAAAUCUGAAUAAUGCUACACAAGAGACAAGCAAGUUUGUCAGUGUUGAAGAACACCAAGUGAAAAUUGAGAGAGUUGAUCCGGAAAAACAAAAGACAAGAGAAGUUAUUAUUGUGUCUGCCAAUGAUAGCUCGAAAGGAGAUAAUGAUGAGGUAGUGACUCCAAGAAAGCGGAGAUAGUCUGGGCACCGAAAAUAAAACCCCUUGAACCUCUUGAUGUUAGUGAAGAUAAAGAAAAUAAAGUUGAUAAAACAUCAGUUUCGCCACAUAUUGUCACUCCUGUAGUAGAGUCUCGUAUUAAGAUUCGAACAUUCAGUGAAAGGGAAAGGGAUUUGGGACAUCUAAAGAUUCGGACAUUCAGUGAGAGACGUGCGUCUGAAGAGGCUUCAGAUAAGGUGCCCACUUGGGUUGUCAUGGCGAAACAAAAACAGCAAGAAAGAGAGAGUAAGGAUGAGACAGAGCAGUCGCAGGAGAGUAAAAAAGAUGGCGAUGAUGAACCUAAAGAAGAAGAUGAAAUAAAAGCAGACAAAUCAGUGCCUAAAGAUACGGUUGCAAACAGACUACAGAUUUUCAAACCGGAAUCUACACAUGAACAGCAAAAGAAUGAAAUCAACAAGAAACCAACUGCUGGCCGAAAAACAUGGGUUGCACCAAAGACUGAAAACUGUAUCAUUUGUGGGAAUCGCGUUUACAUGACGGAAAUGGUGAAAGCAGAGGGUCGUGUUUUCCACAAAUCUUGCCAGAAAUGCACUGUAUGUAAUCGUACACUGAUGAUAGGUAAUCUUAUUCUGAUACAGAACUCAAUAUACUGUAGGAUGCAUGGUGCAGAGAUCAAAGCAAAACAGUUAGAUAUCAGAUCAGAAAUAGAAUGAAUGAACAGGUGUCAAAGGUCAAAGUAACCAUGUAAAGUCAAAGGUCAGACCUUUUAAUCUGUAAUAUAUAUAUAUUUUUUUUUUACUACAAAAUUUGUACAUGCUUAAAUAAAUGCAAUAGUGUAAAUUCAGUAUGGUGUUUUGGACAUCAGUUUAGCAAGCUUGUGUUUAUACCUGUUUGCUUGACAACCAAUAAUUGUGAUGCAAAUGUGUAAUUGGGGGCCUUGACUACAUGAAUAAUGUAUUAUUAGUUUGGGGCCCUAACUAUGAAUAUACAUAGUGUGUCACAUGUAAUUUGGACCUAAAAUGUGAAUAAUGUAAAACACAUGUGCUUGGACACUUAAAUGUACUAAGUAGUCAUGUUUGGUAAAUGAGAUGAGCCGUUAACCAUUUUAAUCGUGUCAUGUAAUUUCUGUCUCUGUAGACAUUUGCUAAAUUAUUCUAAGUAAAACUUUUUUUUUU